UAGGUUAAUCAUAACCGGUGCGUUAACUAGUACUAUGCUAAAAAUGUCUGUCCGUGCCUUUGCUUUUAAACUUUUGUCCUCGGUCACCGGGAGGUGUCACAGCUCCGCUCGGACCCGCGUGCACCGAGCGUUCGGAGCCGGAGUUCUCAGAGGGAACACGGACCGGUUCGGUGGAGUGACUGUUAACGUGGCGGACGCCGGUUUACCGGAGGACAUCAACGAAAGCUCCUUCAGCAGUUUACUGCAAGAUUCUUUGGUGCGGUGGAAAGCAGAGGGGAAGGUUGCCGUUUGGCUUCACGUACCCAUCUCAUUCAGUCGCUGUGCCGCCGCUGCCUCCACGCACGGUUUCACCUUCCAUCACGCCAAAAACCAGUACGCUGUCCUGGCCCUCUGGAUGGGAGAAGGCGAAAGCAAGUUGCCUGAGUUUGCAACUCACCAAGUUGGAGUAGCAGGUGCAGUUCUUGAUGAGUCCAGUGGGAAGGUUCUCGUUGUCCAAGACAGAAAUAAGACAAAGAAUGCUUGGAAGUUCCCUGGUGGUUUGUCUAAUCCAGGAGAAAAUAUUGGUGACACCGCCGUUCGUGAAGUCUUCGAAGAGACCGGCGUUCGUUCCGAGUUCAGAUCGAUGCUGAGCGUCCGUCAGCAGCACAAACACCCCGGCGCCUUCGGCAUGUCCGACCUGUACAUCAUCUGCCGACUGGUGCCCCUCACCCACAAUAUCAGCUUCUGCCCUCAGGAGUGUCUGCGCUGCGAGUGGCUGAACCUUGCUGAGCUCGCAGAGACAGAUGACACCACGCCCAUCACCUCCCGUAUAGCCAAACUUCUGCUUCACGGCCUCAAACAGGGUUUCGAACAGAUCGACCUCACAAUGGAGGAGCUUCCUGCCGUCUACUCUGGAAUGUUCUACCAGCUGUAUCACCGCCAACUUCCUCUGACAACAAGUUAACAAACGAGCGUUUUGUUUAUGGUGCAGGGUCACGUGGACAUUCUGGUGACACUCGGAUGUUAUUACUAAGAUUUUAAGUGUAUUUAAGACCGAGCUGCAAAAAACUGUGGUGCAUUCAGGUGCAAACUUUAGGGCCCCUUCACACAUAGUGCGAAAUUUGGUUGAAUACGGUGAAACAGCACGAAAGAGUUCAAAUUAGCACACCACGAAACAUUGCACCGAUGGGCAGGCGUGCACGAUCCCAGUGCAAGAGUUCGUGCACGCAAUGGAGUCUUUCAAGCAGGAACACAGUGCGAAGUGCACCACAUCGAGCCGCUGAUGUGGAAAA